AUGAUUACACACCUUAAGAACUUCUGGCGAAGAAAACCUAAGAAUCAGAAUUGCCAAAAGGGCAGUGAAAAUGCCGGGCCGUACCCUUGGAAGGCUUUAUCUUCGACUACGGACGGGAAACAGCAUGGUGGGACACCGGAGAAGUUAACUACAGAUCUUCCGCUGGCGCACGGCAAUUUACAGGGUUCUAAGAACCAAGGUGAUGUAGACGAGGAAGAAUCUGGUGAUAGGAAGUCCUCUGAGUCCUUGAAGCCUCCGGUAAAGGAGAAGUAUGAGGAAGACGUUUCAGAGCAGAGAAGUGGAGAGAAGCAAAGUGAAGGCGAAGAUGAAGAUGAAGAGGAUGAAGAGCCAGAGGAAGAUUUCCCAGCUCAGAAGGAGAUUACUGGGUACAAACUCAUUAGCAAAAUUGGCGAAGGAGCCUUCUCCGAGGUCUACAGAGCGUUACCCCUUAAACACGUGCUGGGCUCUUCCAAAUCCCGAUACAAGCAAGUUGCCAUAAAGAUAAUUCACAAGCAAAAGCUAUCUUCGACCGACAGAUCCAAAGGUAACGACUCAGGUGUCAAGGUUGCCACUAGGGAGCAGGUGUUGAAGGAAGUUUCUAUUCACAAGAUGGUCUCGUCUGGAAAACACAUUGUAACGUUCAUUGAGUUUCAGGAAACAGAAUUCCUCUACUGUAUCGUCCAAGAACUCCUUGUGGGAGGCGAGAUUUUUGGUGAAAUUGUCAAGUUCACGUACUUUUCUGAGGACCUCUCAAGGCACGUCAUUAAGCAACUCGCUCUUGCAGUAAAGCACAUGCACACUCUCGGCGUUGUCCAUCGUGACAUAAAGCCUGAAAAUCUUCUAUUUGAACCCAUAGAACUGAUCCCCAGUCCACAUCCCAAGUUGCGCAAAUCUGAUGAUCCCAAAGCCAAGCUCGACGAGGGAGUUUUCCGUCCAAAUAUCGGCGGCGGGGGUAUUGGUGUCGUCAAACUCGCAGACUUCGGCCUCUCAAAGCAAAUCUUCUCUUCGAAUACUAAGACGCCCUGCGGAACCGUCGGAUACACCGCUCCGGAAGUGGUGAAGGACGAGCGCUACUCCACGAAGGUAGAUAUGUGGGGAAUUGGCUGCGUCCUCUACACCAUGCUCUGUGGUUUCCCUCCCUUCUACGACAAGCAAAUCGACGUGCUCACAGAACUCAUCUCCCGGGGUCAGUAUACCUUCCUGGAACCCUGGUGGGACGAAAUUAGUAACGGUGCAAAGAAUGCCGUCCGAAAACUCCUCGAAGUUAACCCAAAUAACCGUUAUGACAUCGAUGAAUUCCUCAACGAUCCCUGGCUAAACGCCACGAACUCAUCCCAAGACUUCCCCCAUCCAACUCCUCGCUCCUCUCACACCCGCAAGCCAUACAAGAAGGACUCUGCUCUUCUUUAUUCUCCGGCAGCUGUCGUAAUGCGUGACGCGUUUGACGUUUCUAAUGCCGUACAGCGUAAAGAAGAGGCGAAGCGGCACACUCCGGGUGGCCACGCACUAGGAGCGCUACACGAAUCCGAUGAAGAUACAGCCAAAUCUACGCUCAACAACCUCGAGCAAGAGGCAUUCAAUCUAUGCCUCGACAAUAGCACCAUAAUCCAGCGUCGCCACCGCAAGAAUAACUUAUCGCCCUUCGGCGGCUAA